AUCAGAUUAUUUUGUGCUCCAAACUUGAAAGAAAGAAAAAAGUUGCAAUUUUUUACAAUUCCAAGAAAAGAAAACAAUUUGGUCAUAGUGUCGACAUGGUGUGCCCAAAUAGCAAUCCAGUAGUAGAAAAAGUAUGUGAAUUAUAUGAACAAAUUUCAAGAUUGGAGAACCUUAGCCCUUCCAAAGAUGUCAACGUAUUGUUCACAGAUCUUGUCCACACGUGCAUGCCUCCUAAUCCCAUUGAUGUCUCUAAGCUCUGUCAAAAAAUUCAAGAAAUUAGGUCUCAUCUCAUCAAACUUUGUGGUCAAGCUGAGGGACUUUUAGAGUCACACUUUUCUAAAAUUCUUUCCUCCUAUGAAAACCCCCUUCAACAUCUUCACAUUUUCCCAUAUUUUGACAAUUACAUCAAACUCAGCUUACUUGAGUACAACAUCCUUACUAAAAACACAACAAAUAUCCCUAAAAAAAUUGCAUUUAUUGGAUCAGGCCCACUACCACUUACCUCACUUGUUUUAGCUACCAAACAUCUUAAAACCACUUGUUUUCACAACUAUGACAUUGAUGUGGAUGCUAAUUUCAUGGCGUCCGCCCUUGUGGCGGCCGAUCCAGACAUGUCCAGCCGUAUGACUUUUCAUACGGCUGACGUCAUGGAUGUAACGUGUGCCUUGAAAGACUACGAUGUAGUCUUUCUGGCCGCGUUAGUUGGUAUGGACAAAGAGGAUAAAGUUAAGGUGGUUGAUCAUCUAGCUAAAUACAUGUCUCCAGGGGCUACCCUGAUGCUUAGAAGUGCACAUGGUGCACGUGCUUUUCUAUACCCUGUCCUAGAUCCUCGGGAUCUACGAGGAUUUGAGGUACUAUCGGUGUACCAUCCUACAGAUGAAGUGAUCAAUUCUGUAAUAAUUGCAAGAAAAUUGCCAGUUCCUAGUGUUCCACUACUUGAUGGAUUGGGUGCCUAUGUGUUACCUAGCAAAUGUGCUUGUGCUGAGAUUCAUGCUUUCAAUCCACUCAAUAAGAUGAAUCUGGUUGAAGAAUUUGCUCUGGAGGAGUGAGUGAGAUUUAUGUCUUGUGUUAUGUUUCAAUAAUAAUAUUACUGGAGCACUUCCAUUUUUAUUGUAAUUUUGUAUCCCUAACUGUUUUAUCAGUGUGUCCUAUUUGUGUGUCUCAAACUACAAGAAAAAAGAAAAAGGCAUGAGGCCUUUUGUUAAUCUUACAAAUUUUAUCUAAUAUAUAUUAUGAAUACAA